AUGAUUAGAAACCUUCUUUGCAGUGUUAAGUCCCAUAAAACUUUUUUAUUAAAACAGUUGUAUAAUGUUCGGCUACAGUCCACAAUGGCAUCACCAACUGAACAAUUAAAUGCCACCUCUACAGUAAAUUUGGAAGUAUCGGAUAAAACUAAAUCAGCUAAGUCUAUGACAGAUGAGAUGAAUCUUGAAUCUAACUGGAUUAAAACUGAUGAAGCUGUUUUCAAAAUUUUCCCAGACUUACGCACCAUUAAGCCUAGUGAAUUAGUUGGUGCAACAGAUUUUGGUAAAAACAGCUACUUCGUGGCUAGAAGCAGUAAAGGUAAUCUACCUGUAUACUCCAAUAUAAAGCGUGGUGGUAAGUUAGUCACAGAGAUACGGAAGAUCGAGGGUGACAUUGUUCAGUUAAGAAACGAUCUUCAGGCUGCAUUACCCGAAAUUCCAAAGUCAGAAUGGAAAAUUUAUAUUCAGUCGAAAAAGAUCAUUGUGCAACGUGAUUGCGUACGGGAUAUAAAGCAGGCUAUGUCCACUGUUUUCUAG